AUGAAGACGGAGAUAUCUACUGCUGUGGGGUUUAUUACCAGGUUUCUGAGGACAACUGGGCUCCUCUCCGACGAACGGCUUCAACAGUUUAGUCAGUCUCUCGAAACAGCUUUGGGAGAACACUACCAGCAUCACUGGUUCCCACAGGCUCCGUGCAGGGGUUCGGGAUACCGAUGCAUAAGGAUCAACCAUAAAAUGGAUCCUUUGGUAGGAAAAGCAGCCUGCGCCGUCGGACUCAACCGCCAGCAACUUUUCUCUCUUUUACCCAGUGAACUUACUCUUUGGGUCGAUCCAUUUGAGGUUUCCUACCGAAUAGGCGAAGAUGGAUCAAUUUGUGUCCUUUACGAGUCAGUGCCGCCAACGUCGAUGAACGGGAAGGCGUUGGAUAGGAUCAGCUGUAAGGGGGAACUGAGAAUCAGAAGGUCGAACUCCUCCAAAGCCUUCAACAUGAUGACAGUUUCGAGCUAACAAUUUUACUUACAAUGCUGUUAUUGUACAGUUCUGUAUGUAUUUUGCCCUAUUUGACAAUGUAGAACUUGUUGUCCCCCAUUUCUUUAGACAUUAAAGAUUUUAGUAGUACUGCCAACAUUUUGUUUGUUGUGGCCAAGGGCUAUUGUAUAAAGGCUGUCUUUUGGCUUAAUUGGAACUUUCCUGGAUUCUAUAUUAUAAAUUACAUGUACAGUCAUGUGGUAAAAUGUGUUUUACAGAUUUAUAUUUUAAAAACAUUCUUGGCUAUUUGUAAUAAAAUGACCAAAUUUGAAUUGUG